UUGUUAUGCCUCCUAUAAUGAGGUUUGUCUACAUGAUGCGUGUGAUCAACUUUUUGAUCAGUCCAUCUGAAUGCUUAAGCAGGACAGACAUCUCAGUGUGUUUCUUCAGAACUUCAAGAAGACUCAAUGGCUAGCAAGACAGUAAAAACAUGUGCCAUCCCAAAAUGAACAGUCUCGUAUUACUGACCACACUGUGUCUAAUGACCACCGGUACUCUUUGCGGCCGUCGUCAUCUUUGGAGCUCCUCUGGCAGUGAUGAGAGGAACUAUCCGUACCCCUUUCCUUCUGCUUAUCCAUACCUGCUGAGGCCGGCUCCACCUGGUCCUCAGUUCCCGCUAUGGCCACUAUUCAUCGCCCUGCUGCCACGUCCUGCCCCAGCACCGGCACCAGCUCCAGCACCGGCGCCAGCAUCCACACCCAGGCCCACUGUCAGAACAACCUCCCGCUGUGUAGAUGCUGGAUGUUGAAUGCUUUUGAACACGAUCAGUGGGCAUUGAUUGUUAGCCAUGUAUUGGUACCAAAUUA